AUGAGGCGGGUGAUCACCUCCGAUAUCCUCUCCGCGUCGAUGGAGCGGCGUGUACAGCGCCAGCGAGCGGAGGAGGCCGACCACCUCAUCAGGUUCGUCUACAACCAGUGCAACACCUCAGAUAACAGCGCCGUCAAUGUGCGUCAUGUAGCCCAGCAUUUCUGCGGCAACAUGAUACGGAGGCUCGUGUUCGGCAAGAGACACUUCUCGGUUGCUGCUGGUGCUGCUGGCAAUGGCAGCGGCCCUGGUCCUGAGGAGGUGGCGCACGUGGACGCGCUCUUCACACUGGUGAACCACAUCUACAGCUUGUCCGUUUCAGAUUACAUCCCUGCUGCGUGGACGUGGAUGAUUGCUGGCCUCGAUCUCGACGGCCAAAAGAAGGUUGCCAAGAGCGUAAUGAAGACUAUAAACAGAUUGCAUGAUCCCAUCAUACAAGAGAGGAUCCAUGAGUGGGAUGGUCUUCGCAAAUGCGGUGACAAGAGAGAGGCUAGAGAUUUUCUUGACGUGCUAGUUUCUCUUCAGGAUUCACAAGGGCGACGUUUUUUGUCGUUUGACGAAAUACAAGCACAGACAGCGGAGAUAAUGUAUGCAACUGUCGACAAUCCAUCAAACGCGGUUGAGUGGGCACUUGCGGAGAUGAUGAACCAACCGGAGGUCAUGCACAAAGCAAUGGACGAGCUGAACACUGUUGUUGGCAAGGACAGGCUCGUCCAAGAAUCUGACAUCCCUCACCUCAACUAUCUGAAAGCGUGCAUACGGGAGGCCUUCCGCUUGCACCCCUACCACGCUUUCAACCCAGCCCACGUCGCCAUGGAAGACGCCGUCGUUUCUGGCUACUUCAUUCCCAAGGGCAGCCAUGUCCUUCUGAGCCGGGUGGGUCUUGGCCGGAACUCAGACGUCUGGGAUGCUCCUCUCCAAUUCCGGCCAGAGCGACACCUGAUGAUGAACGAGCAUGUGGUUCUCACCGAGCUGGACCUUAGGUUCAUCUCGUUCAGCGCAGGUAGGAGGGGAUGCCCAGGGGUGUCCCUUGGCAGCUCCGUUACAAUGAUGCUCUUCGCAAGGCUUCUGCAAGGGUUCACAUGGACCAAGCCUCCUGGCGCGUUCGUGCACUCAAGCUCAAGGAAUCCACUACAAGUCUCACACUAG